ACCCUUUAAUUUUAUCACAAAACAAGUAAUGCAUCCUUCCGAUCAUACCACCACUACAACCCACCACCAGACUGUAAAAACACACACACAGCUCCGAUCUACAUCCAUUUCUAGGGUUUCAAAUCUCUACACAUUAUUAUUCCAACUUCAUUCAACUAAAUCUCCAGAAACCUCUAUCAACAAUCGAUCACAAAUCGAUUAAUUAAUGUUUACAUAAUUCCUGAACAAAAUGGAUCCAAAACCUCCUCUCCGAUCAGCAAAACUCACCGGAAAUCGCCAAAACUCAUCGUCGUUGUUAUCCAAAACACUUUCAGAUGCAAGUACACAAAACUUAUCCUCCAUUCUCAACAAUCCACACGUCUCCGAUAGCUCGUGGUCCGGCUGGUGGUCGUCGUCGUCAACUGCCGUACAGAUUCCUGAUUUUGCUCCACUUUCAGGUACCAAAACUACCUCCGGUGGUGUAGAAAUAUCACGAUCUGAUUUCGCAUCUUAUUUAACGUCGGUUUCGGAUCAGUAUAAUCGAUUUGAAGAUAUUCGGAAUCAUUCGAAUAACGAGAGGAGUAAGGACAGUAAGGAUGAUGUGAAUUAUGCUAGUGAUUGUUAUGAUAGGGUAGGGGAGGCUCUGGUUGAGUGUUUGAAAGAGGUGCCUGCAUUGUAUUUUAAGGAGGAUUUUGCGCUUGAGGAUGGGGGGACGUUUAGGGCGGCAUGUUCGUCGGUUGGGGAUAAUGAUGUGUUGCAGGAGAAGUUGACGCAGUAUUUGGAUGUGGUGGAGGUGCAUUUGGUUAAGGAGAUAUCGUUGCGGUCGAAUUCGUUUUUCGAGGCGCAAGGGCAGUUGGAGGAUUUGAGUUUGAAGAUUGUGGAAGGGUGUGGGAGGAUUCGGGAGCUGAAGGAGAAGAUUAGGGUUUUGGAUGGGGAUUUGGUGGAUUCGGCGAGGCAGAUUCAGGAGUUGAAGGUUACGCGGGGUGAUUUAUUGGCGUUGCAGGAGAAGCUUAGGGUUGUGUUGUAUGUCAAUCAGUCUCUUGCUGCUCUUAAAUUGCUCGUCGCAUCUGCUGAUUGUGCUGGAGCUUUAGACGUCACAGAUGAUUUGAAGCAUUUUCUGAAUGGUGAUCAACUGACUGGCCUACAUUGUUUUCGUCACCUCGAGGAUCAUGUAGCCGCUGCAAUUAAUUCUGUAAAUAGCAUUCUUUCAGCAGAGUUUUUGCGUGUAUCUGUUAAUGAUGCUGGAGAAAAAGAUGCGGUAAUAUUGUCUAAAGCAAAAGCAAGGAUAGCCUCACCGGGAACUGAAGAAGAUAAUGACGAAUACUGGGAUCAAGAAGAUACCUCUAGUUUCCAUGAUCGACUUCUACCUCUAAUUAUAGGCUUACUUAGAACCGCAAAACUUCCAGCUGUGUUGAGAAUAUAUCGUGAUACAGUUAUAUCCGACAUGAAAACUGCUAUUAAGUCAGUUGUUGCAGAGCUGCUUCCAGUUCUUCUUGCCAGACCUUUGGACUCUGAUUUUAAAUCAGGCGAUCGAAUUGUUGAUUCAGAUGGUGGAGGCUCAUCACUCGCAAAUAAGUUAAGAAACCUUUCUUCUGAGAGCUUUGUUCAACUUCUUGAAACUAUUUUCAAGAUUGUACAGGCACACUUACUACGAGCUGCUGAAGUUAAAAAAGUCAUCGAGUGGAUGAUGUCAAAUCUUGAUGGUCACUAUGCUGCUGACUCAGUUGCUGCCGCAAUUGCCAAUGGUGCUUUGACUGCAGAAAUAUCUUCAGCAGCUGAUGGUCAAUCUGGCCCCUCUUCUCUUUCGACUCGAAAAAACCUUAUCAAGGUUUCUCCUGCCACAAGUUCAUCAAAUUUGUCAAAAAAUUUCAGAGCUGAUGUAUUGAGAGAAAACGCAGAAGCAGUGUUUGCUGCUUGUGAUGCAGCUCAUGGAAGAUGGGCAAAACUGCUUGGCGUUCGUGCGCUUCUCCAUCCAAAGCUGAGGUUACAAGAUUUUUUAAAUAUAUAUAACGUAUCCCAAGAAUUUGUAACUGCAACAGAGAAGGUACAGUUAUUAGUUAUGGCGAAUAAAUAUUCAAUUUUAACUAUCUGUGUGUAUAAUAUGGAUUUAUGCUUACGUAAGCAGAUUGGUGGAAGGUUGGGAUAUAGCAUUCGUGGAACAUUACAGUCUCAAGCCAAAGCUUUUGUUGAUUUCCAGCAUGAAUCGCGGAUGACAAAACUGAAAGCGCUACUUGAUCAAGAAACAUGGGUUGAAGUCGACGUUCCUAAUGAAUUCCAGGCGAUAGUGGAUUCACUUUUUAGAUUGGAGUCUGACUCUGAAGAUGAUAACCAUUCUAAGAGCAUUGCUAAUAGCUACAAUGAAGUGGUUACCAGCAGUGCAGAACAGGUAGAUCUCAAUGGACAGGUUAACAACACUAAAACAAAGAAUGGACAGGCAAAAUCUUCUGCUCAUUUAAUUUCUUUCAGAGGUGUUGGGUACCACAUGGUAAACUGUGGCUUAAUCUUGCUGAAGAUGUUAUCCGAGUACAUCGAUAUGAAUAAUUUUUUGCCAGCACUUUCUUCUGAGGUUAUUCACCGUGUACUUGAAAUGUUGAAAUUUUUCAACACAAGGACGUGUCAACUUGUUCUUGGUGCCGGUGCCAUGCAGGUCUCUGGUUUAAAGUCGAUUACAUCCAAACAUUUGGCACUAGCAAGUCAGGUUAUCAGUUUCGUGCAUGCUAUUAUGCCCGAAAUUAGGAAGGUUCUUUUCCUGAAAGUUCCUGAGGCGCGUAAAGGAUUGCUGUUAUCAGAAAUCGGACGAGUGUCACAGGAUUAUAAAGUGCAUCGCGAUGAAAUACAUACAAAGCUGGUGCAAAUAAUGAGGGAAAGAUUGUUAGUUCAUCUCCGUGGAUUGCCACAAAUAAUUGAAACAUGGAGCCGAGUAGACGAAACUGAAAUACAACCCAGUCAGUUUGCUAAAUCACUCACAAAGGAAGUUGGGUAUCUUCAACGCGUGCUUUCUCGGACCUUGCAUGAGGCAGAUGUUCAAGAAAUAUUCAAGGAAGUGACCAUCAUCUUUGACAUACAAAUCUCUGAUGCAUUCGCACAUGUGGAUAUUAGCACUCCACAAGCAAAAGCCAGGCUUAAUUGUGAAAUUCAGCACAUUCUUGGAUGCAUUAAAUCACUGCCUUCUGCCAAGUUAAAUAUCGAGUCUGGGAUUCCCAUUGCAGGACAACUUGAGGCCUUAGUCAAAAGAAUAUCUUCUGCUGAAUCAGAUCAAUAGUGUAUUUGGUAGCUACUUUUAUCAAAACAUUCACAAAGACUGGGCAUAUAUCUCUAUUCAUGAACCGUCGUUAUGCAAAUGAAGUGAGGUUGCUGUUUUCCAUACAAAUUUUGUGAAGAGAAUGAGGCUAGUAGGCUACAUUUGGUAGGCAAUGUAUAAUUCAAUGGUAUAGAUGUAACAGGUUGCUUGAUUUUGUUGGUGUUUUUAUUUUCUCAAGAGGCGGGCCAGCCCGGCCCAGGUAGUGAAUCUGCAUUGGACCAUGGUUACAAUCUUAUGUUAUGUAUAUGUAUUUGAACACUACAAUCGAAGAGAAUUUUCAAGAUUUGACACAUAAAUAUCAAUUCAAAUUGUUAA